AUGUUGCGGCCUGUGGUCGUGGUGGUGAUCUCACUUGGAACGGAUGGAUGGCUGAUCUCUUUUCCUAGUGCUGCCUUGUGCCAACUCUACGAUUCUAUCUUUCUUGAUAUUCCCAUGAGCCGGGUCAAGUUCAAUGUCAACACGGAAUAUGCCUACAUACAAAACUUCAAGAUUCUACAGAACUGCUUUACCAAACACGGCAUCGAUCGAACUGUACCCGUCGAGUCACUGGUGAAAUGCAAGAUGCAAGACAACCUAGAGUUUCUACAGUGGUCAAAGAGGUUCUGGGACCAAUACUUCCCGGGCCAUGAAUACGAUGCGGUCGCUCGGCGGAAAGGGGCAGGCGCGCCAGCAGGAGGAGCACACAUCACCGUUGCCCCGACGGCGGCCAUAACAGCAGGAACAUCAAGAACCAGUACUAGCGGAACAAGUACGACCAGGAAAACCGGCGCCACUCCCGUCACUAGGACCGGCGGCGCACGCGUCGGCAGCGGUGGCUCUGGCGGGUAUGGAGGGGCGUCGGCUGCGUUGUUGAAGCAAGAGAAUGAACAACUAAAGGAAGCCAUUGCCGAUUUGGAAAAGGAGCGAGAUUUCUACUUCAGCAAACUCCGCGAUAUUGAAUUGUUGCUGCAGACUGCCGUCGAGCAGGAUCCGGCGCUGGAAGAAGACGAGAACGGUUUGGUCAAGAAUAUCCAAACCAUUCUCUAUAGCACAGAGGAAGGGUUCGAAAUCCCCGAUGUGGAUGCCAAUGGGGAGGCUGAAGGUGAAGAGCCGGAAACGUUUUAA